UACCUAUGGCCUUAUACCUGCACCAGGUGGACCAGAAGCCAAGCCCUUCUGUCUCCUGACAGCCUGUAUGGCUGUUCCCCAGUCCAAGGUCCAUUUAGAUAACGAGUUCAUGGAGCUGACGCGGAGAGAGACGGGCUCAGGUUACAGCAGGCUGCUAUCUGAUUACUGUCAGACAGGUAGAGAGAACGACAGGCAGAAACAGACCCAAAGACGCAGAAGGUGGUGAGCAAAACAACAGCUAACAAACUACUUUUGAACCAAAGUCUGUACUAAAUAGGAGACUGAAGAGGUCCGUACAGAGACAGAGAGACUGCUUCUUGUGGUAGUGUGGUGGUGUCUGAACAGAGAUGUUAGUCCUGUCAUUCGUCUGUCUGUCCGGGCUGGUCCAGUCCACGGCGGCGGGGAUAACCUGGACGGCCUACGUGGGGACAUCUUACCGCAACAGCAGCACUAACCAGACGGUGGAGAGCUUCUGCGAGUGCGGCGUGUAUGGAGCGUCGUCCCCGGUGAAGAGCGCUAUGGGAACAGUGGUCCUGCCGGCGUCAGACCCCACGGGCUGUGACCUGGACCCCUACCCCUUUAACAACAACACAGCCUCGGAGGGGGCCUGGAUCGCCCUGGUCAAAAGGGGCAACUGUACCUUCGACCAGAAGAUCAAGGCGGCGCAGGCCAGAGGCGCGGCUGCCGUGGUGAUCUACAACGUGGACGGGACGGGUAGAGGCACCAGUGUCAUGACCCAUCCUGAUGCCCCUGGCGUCGUGAGCAUCAUGAUCGGGAACCUCCGAGGGACAGAGAUCGUUAACCUGGUGCAGAGGGGCGUUGACGUCUCCAUGCUGAUCGGCCCCCACGUGCCCUGGAUGGAUGCCUAUUGGCUUUACUUCCUGUCCAUCGCCUUCUUCAUCGUCACAGGGGCCUCUAUUGUCUACUUCUUGUUUGUCUCCGUCCACCGGCUGCAUGGCUUGAGGGCUACGCGCAUUGCCAACAGGCGUCUGAAGAACCAGGCCAAGAAAGCCAUUAGUAGACUGGAGGUGCGUAGACUCAAGCAGGGGGACGAGGAGAUCCAGUCUGACAGCCACACCUGUGCUGUGUGCAUCGAGUCGUACCACCCGGGAGACGUGGUGACCGUUCUGACCUGCGGCCACCUGUUCCACAAGGCCUGCAUCGAGCCCUGGCUGCUGGACAAGAGGACCUGCCCCAUGUGCAAGGCCGACAUCCUGAAAGCCCUGGGGGUGGAGGGCUGCGAGGGCGAGGAGGAGAGCCGCGUUUCAUCUUGCCCACCACCAGAUGUCACUGUCGUCACAGUGUCUGGGGGAUUAGGAGAAGAACCGCUGUUUGACGUUCCUCUCAACGACGAUCGCACCCCGGCCCCUGACCGCCCCGUCCAGGCCUGGCAACCACAUCACUAUGACAACAUGGCUUUUGUUGAAGAGACACACCCCCAUGGGAACAUGACCACCAGAGGAUAAAUAACAACAACAAACAGAAGAUGAUAAUGGGCAUCCCUACCUGGAGCAUCAACAGACAGCUUCACACAGAUACAACAGCGUCUUGAAUAUAUUAUCACUGUUAUAUUCUGAACUGCUAUGCGAAAUUCUACUGUGGAUUUAAAUGAUCAAAUAACUUAUUGGGGUAUCGAUGCUAAUAUUAUGGCAAUGGUUUCUACUUCUUAACUGCUGAGUGGGCUACAGCACCUUUAUCCAGGAAGGCUGGGAGUUAUUUUUCAUUGUUUUUGUUUUAAGAUCAAAGUUUGUCUUGUAUAAUUUGUUAAAUGAACAAACCACCUUGUAUGAUAAUGAGAAAUACCUAAUAUAUUUUUUCUAUUAAAUUGAUAUCUCUGCUGUA